UGUGGCUGGUUCUGCAAUUUCCAGUAAAUUAUUUCUUCCUUUUUCUGCCCGAAGUAAUUUUCCUUUUUUGGUCUAAAUAUGUAAGCAAUCAAAGAAAGAAGGUGGUAACUUGGAGACGCAAUUUGUUGAAACUACCAUUUAUAUAAAUACAUGCAUUUAAUGGAGAAGUGAGCCUAUGAUGACUUUAAUUAACUAUAAAAUCUCUCACCCACUCUGUCAAAAAUUGCAUACUGUGGUGGGAAAAAGGAUCUGUUUACAAUCUGCCUCCUCAUCUUCUCCACUCCUUCAUUACCUUCUACAGAUUGCAGCCCAAGGUCUUUACAUAACAUUUUGGAUUUAAUUUGGUUGGGUUGAAGUUGGAUAUAUAUUCGUUUGCACUAUCAAGAAUCACUCAGAUGGAUAUAGCAAAGGAUUUAACAGCAGGGACUGUUGGUGGAGCAGCACAAUUAAUAGUUGGCCACCCUUUUGAUACCAUAAAAGUCAAGCUCCAAAGCCAGCCUUCUCCAUUACCCGGGCAACCUCCAAAAUAUGCAGGUGCCAUUGAUGCAGUCAGGAAAACAGUAGCUUCUGAAGGUCCAAAGGGUUUAUACAAAGGCAUGGGAGCUCCACUUGCAACUGUAGCCGCCUUCAACGCUUUGCUUUUUACCGUUAGAGGUCAAGCCGAGGCGCUGUUAAGGUCUGAACCUGGUGCCCCUCUUACUGUCAGGCAGCAAAUCCUUUGUGGAGCUGUUGCUGGUACUGCUGCAUCGUUUCUUGCCUGCCCGACUGAACUCAUCAAAUGCAGAUUGCAAGCCGAUAGCGCGUUGGCAAGUGUAGGAUCAGGUUCUGUGGCCAUAAAAUAUGCAGGGCCAAUGGAUGUUGCACGACACGUUCUUCGUUCAGAAGGAGGUGUGAGGGGUCUCUUCAAAGGUCUAUUCCCAACCCUGGCACGAGAAGUACCGGGAAAUGCUGUCAUGUUUGGCGUAUACGAAGCGUUAAAGCAGUACUUUGCAGGAGGCAUGGAUACUUCUGGACUGGGAAGGGGUUCACUUAUAGUAGCUGGAGGCUUGGCUGGUGGUUCAGUCUGGUUUGCGGUGUAUCCAACAGAUGUUAUUAAGAGUGUUAUUCAGGUCGAUGAUUAUAGAAACCCAAAAUACUCUGGUUCUUUUGAUGCUUUUCGGAAGAUUUUGGCAUCAGAAGGUGUCAAAGGCCUUUACAAGGGGUUUGGACCUGCUAUAGCGCGCAGUGUCCCAGCAAAUGCUGCUUGCUUCUUGGCAUAUGAGAUGAUUCGGUCUAGUUUGGGAUAAUCGCUCCUCCAGGAUUGAUGGAAGGUUUUGGGAACGGUUACACUUACUUCUUUAACUAGAUUUUUCCCAAUUGGAAUGAUCUGUAAUUCCAAUUUAUAUUCCAGUAGGACAAUUGUGCUUUAAAAAAUUUUAUACCAUUUUUGGGGGACUAAGAAGAAAGAGAUUUUUGUGAGCUAAGUUUUGUUAUCAUACAAAUAUACAAGAGGCAUAGAUUACCAAAAAAAAAUAGUUGCCAGUUUUUGUUA